AAGGGUCACCUAUGAAAUUCUCAUUCUGUCUGAUUCACCUGCGUUCAAUGGCUUAAAAGUCAACAAUGUGAUCACAAUCAUAACUACAUACAAGGAUCAUUUGAUUCCAUGUUACAUAUAAAAAGCUCGAGAGACGUGUUGCUGAGAAAGUGAGAGUAAGAAAGAUGAAGGAGGAGAUAGAGGAACUGUGGAGGGAAGUGAGGGAUUUGAGUUUGGGAAACAGCGGAAGAGUGGAAAGACUAGAGUCCCCACCAAGUCCCCUUCAGUUCCUACGAGACUUCAUCACCCCAAACAAGCCAUGCAUAAUCUCCAACGCCAUCACACACUGGCCCGCACUCUCUUCCUGGCCCCACCCCUCCUACCUCUCCCAAACCCUCUCCGCCGCCACCGUCUCCCUCCACCUCACCCCAACCGGCGCCGCCGACGCCCUCGCCCCUCUCCACUCCUCCCUCUGCUUCGCCUCCGCGCACGUGCAACAUGUGCCCUUCCCCCACGCCCUUCGCCUCAUCGCCUCCUCCGACCCCCCCAACCUGGUGGCUUACGCGCAGCAACAAAACGAUUGCUUUCGCUCCGAGUAUUCCCCUCUCGCCGCCGACUGCGACCCCCACCUCGCCUGGGCCUCCCAAGCCAUUGGCUCCGAGCCCGAAGCUGUGAACCUCUGGAUCGGUAACCAUCACUCCCGAACCUCCUUCCACAAGGAUCACUACGAGAAUCUCUACGCCGUUGUCACCGGCGAGAAGCACUUCUUGUUGCUUCCACCUACCGAUGUUCAUCGCUUGUACAUUCGUCACUACCCUGCUGCCACAUACACAUAUUCUGAGGAUACGGGGGAGUUUGAUUUGGAACUUGAGAAGCCAACAAGGUAUGUGCCUUGGUGCAGUGUGGAUCCUUAUCCUUCUCCGGAGACCUUGGACGAUGAGAUGGCUAAGUUUCCCCUUUACUUCAAUGGCCCUCGGCCUUUUGAGUGUACUGUAAAGGCUGGAGAGGUUCUCUAUUUGCCUAGUAUGUGGUUUCAUCAUGUUAGACAGAAUGCAGAUGAUGGAGGAUUAACUAUUGCAGUAAACUAUUGGUACGAUAUGCAGUUCGACAUUAAGUAUGCUUAUUUCAACUUCUUACAAUCUAUUCAAUACCGAUCUACUCCAAGUCCAAUGAUACAUGAUAAAUUAUCUGAGGAGACAGAUUCAGGUCCUGAUGUUUAAGACUCUUGAUGAACUUUCAUUCCUCAGCUGCCAUAUUUGAUUAUUUAGUAAUGUGGGGAUUCAAGCGAAUGCUGAAGACCAAAAGUAAAGGGCCACUUGAUCUAACACUUUAAGGAAACAGUAUGAGAAAGCAUUAUUUCCCAAAACGUGCAGCUACUUGUUCGAUUUUGACACUUGACAUGACUUGGUGUGAAGUGCCACCAUAAUUUUUUUUUCCUUCACUUGUAUCAUUUGAUGCCAAUUUUCCCUGUUAUCAUUUUA